AUGCUUAGUGAAAAAACUAUUGCUUCUUUGGUUACUGCUCCCAUUACUCAAAAUAUCGCUCUAAUUCGGAUUUCUGGUUCCCAAACUUAUUCCAUUAUUAGUCAAAUUUUCGACCGCCCUUUGCCUGAAUAUCCCCACCAAAAACCACAAUUAAUUUUUGGCAAAAUUGUUAAUUCUCAAAAAGAGGUAGUUGACGAGGUAUUAUUACUUUGUUUUUAUAAACCCCACUCUUUUACCGGCGAGGACGUGGUAGAAAUUAGUUGUCAUGGCAAUUUAUUUAUUGUCAACCAAAUAAUACAACUAAUUUUAGAAAAGGGUGCUGAAUUAGCCCAAGAAGGGGAAUUCACCAAACAAGCCUUUUUUAAUAAUAAACUAAAUCUUAUCCAAGCCAACGCCAUAAAUGAUUUAAUUCGAGCCCCCAGUUUGGAAGCAGCCAAAUUAGCCCAACACAAUUUAAGUUCAGAAACCCAAAAAGGUUUAGAAAUCAUUGAAAAUGAACUAUUGGAUAUCAUUGCUAACAUUAAAGUAAAUAUUGAUUAUCCGGAAUAUGAUGGGGUGGAAUACUUAACUGGCAAAGCAACUUUUUCACGUUUGAAUAAACUACUCAAAAUAUUAAAAAUGAUAAAAAAAGACAGCAAAAAAGUCCGUCUCUAUCAAGAAGGAUUAAAAAUAGCCAUUGUCGGUAAACCGAAUGUGGGAAAAUCUACUCUUUUGAAUGCUCUCUUACAAGAAGAAAAAGCAAUAGUUUCGCCUAUUGCCGGAACCACCCGGGACGUGGUGGAAGCCCGCUACAAUUUGAAUGGCAUUCCUUUAAUUUUACUGGAUACUGCCGGUAUUCACCAGACCUCUGAUUUAGUGGAAAAAAUUGGGGUAAAAAAGAAAAAAACUUGCCGAAUUAGUGCCAAAAAGCAGCAAUUAAGUGAAUUGGAAGCCAAAAUUAAGCAAAUUUUUGCCGAAAAUAUAAAUAGAGAACUAAAAAAAGAAACUGGUUUAGAUGUGGUUUGCGGUGAUUUAGAAAUAAGUUAUAAGUUGGUUAAGGAAUUGAGCGCCCACGCUAAGGCCGCAGCAUUAUUUUUUAACGAAAGUAGUGAAAGAGAUAAAAUAGAAGAAGUGGAAAAUCUUUUAAAUAUUUAUUGUAAGGCUAAUGAGAGCAGUACAUUAGGACAAAAAAAAGGAAUUGAGAUUGACCCGAAUUUUGCAGGAAAAAUUCCUUUCACGGAUGUUGCCAUGACUGCCCCAAGCGGAGAAAGUACUCUUGCUAAAUUUACUAAUUUUUCUAUUUCUCCUUCCACUAAUCCACUUCUUUACAAUAUUAGAGAUAAAGUUUUUAAUUUCACUGUCAUAACUAUUUAUUUUAAUCAAGGGGAGGAAACGCUUGUCCUUGAAGUAGACCAAGAAGUUCAGGAGGCAUUUUCACAAAAAGGCUUUCCGCCCGACACCCCACCGAACGGUCCCGAUAUUCCCGACCGAACUCCUCCCCCAAAUCAAAAUAUUUCCCAAGUGCGAGACCAAGCCAAAAGUGAGAUUCGGACUGAAUUAAAUACAGCACCCAAAACCGAAAAUAGUGAAUUAGGGCAAAAUGCUGAUUGGGAAAGUAAAUUAAAUGGUUUAGAUAAAGAGAAUGAAAUUAAUAAUUUUAAAAAUAAUCUAAUCACUAAAAUUAAAAAUAUUAGAACUAGAAAAGAAAGUGAUAAUGACCCUAUUAAGAAAGUUAUCGAUAAUUUAACUGAUAGAAACCAAAAAGCGAAAGCGGAACAAUUAUGGAGAAAAUUAAUUGUUGCCGAAGGUUUGGUUAGGCAAGGCAAAUUUGACCAAAGAAUUUAUGAUGAACUAUCUGCCGAAAAAAAUAAUAGCAAUAGUGCCAUUUAUAAAAUUUUAAAUGGCGGAGGAGGAAAAAGGGUUGAAAAAGUGCUUCAAUCUCUUAAAAGUAUAUUAGACCAAAAUAAUAACCCGACCCAACUAAACCAUAAAAAUGAUAACUCUCUCUCAAAAUGA